AUGUCUCCAUCUCAGAAGUCACAAGAAUCUGAAUAUGUUGAGCCUGGUUUUCUUCAUCGUCUAUUUCUUACUUGGUGGCUUGGUCUUCUCAAGUUAGUGGCUCAAAGACCUCUAACCCCUGAAGAUCUUUAUCCACUGCCAGAUGAAUAUAAGGCAGAAAACCUGGUUCAACGACUUGAAAAAACUUGGUCACAAGAACUAAACGACGCAAACACAGAUGGCAGACGGCCCAAACUAUGGAAAGCUAUUCUUCGUGUCUUGCCAAUGAAACACUAUUUAAAAACGGCGACCUUGGGACUGGCAGAAGUGUUCGCGUUGUAUGCGCUAAUAUUCUUUCUUUGGCUGUUUUUUGAAUAUCUGCAAGGCGAAUCGCAUAUGGAGAAGUGGCAUCCUCCUGUUAUUGUAUUAGGUAUUGGUCUUUGCAGCUAUCUCAGGGCGUUUACCUUCCGUCAUAGUAUAUAUGUUACCUUAAACAUUGGCAUGCAGCUAAAGGUAGCUGUAAUUGGGAUCGUCUACAAACCGAUUCUUUUAAUGACAGACAGUGGUAUACAAAGAGCUACCUCAGGGGCGAUCAUGAACCUAAUAUCCAACGAUGCACAACGAAUGGAAGAGCUAAUAUAUACAUUUUUAUUGACUGUCAGUGGCUUUUUGUCAAUUCUAACUGGAUUUCUUCUAUUGUGGGCACUAGUUGGUUGGCAGUCUUUAUCAGGAACAUUGGUUUUAGUUCUAUUUUUAAUCAUUCAAACUGGUUUACUAAAUGCUUAUGGAAAAUUACGCUACAAGCAAAAACAAGCAACUGACCAUCGUCUAGCAGCAGUCAAGGACGUCAUUUCAGGAAUACGAGCUGUCAAGAUGCAUGCAUUGGAAUGGAAAUUCAGCGAUAGAAUCAUGUCUUUGAGAAGAAACGAAGUUAUUCAGCUUCGUCUCCUUGGUGCAUUCUCCGCCCUCCCGGGUUCACAGAUCUUGACACUGCCGCUGCUGGCAACGCUUGUAUCUAUUGCAACGUUAAUCUACUCCAGUGUUCUUACCAAUGUGGUCAAUGUCUUCACUGUAGUUUUAAUGUAUAGUGUAAUAGGAAUGGAUGUUGCCUUCUCGUGUAACUAUAAUUUAAUAGAACUGGCACAUAGUUUUACAUCUAUAAAGAGAAUACAAGAAUUUCUCAUGAUCUCGAGAGAUUCGUGGAACCACCAGACUAUCAAACAUCAGAAAACCAUAUCGCUGAAGGCGGGCCUCAUAAAUCGUCUCAAUGACAUUUUCUGUGAGAGGAUAGUUCUAAAACAGUCCAAUACAUGCACAGCGUAUUCUUUGUUAAACAAUGAUGUUAGUUACAAUAGCAAGGAAGAUGUGCCAAAUGAUGUCACUGAAGGUAUUGCACCAAAUGUCACAGUUAAGAAGAUGUCAGCAGGCUGGUUUGAAGAUUACGAACAGUGUACCUUGCACGAUAUUUCCUUUAGUACAGAAACAAACCAGUUGCUAAUGGUUACAGGACCUGUGGGGAGUGGCAAGUCCACGUUAUUAAUGGCUAUCUUAAGAGAGAUUCCUAUCAAGUCGGGAAAUAUCUCUACUCACGGAAAAAUCGCUUAUGUCAGUCAAUAUCCCUGGAUAUUUACUGGCACAGUACGCGAUAAUAUACUCUUUGGACAAAAGUUUGAUAAACACAGAUAUCAAAGAGCCAUAGAUGUKUGUGACCUUAAUGAAGAUAUCGGCCGUUUUCCCAACGGAGACAUGAGUUUGACUGGGCAGCGAGGCGUCACUUUGAGUGGUGGCCAACGUGUACGUGUUAGUUUAGCAAGAGCAGUCUACUCUAAUGCUGAUGUUUAUUUGCUUGAUGAUCCACUGAGCGCUUUAGAUGUCAAGGUCGGUAAAUACAUCCUGGAUGAAUGUAUCUGUAAUCAUCUGUCAAGUCGGAUACGAAUUCUAGUGACGCAUCAACUUCAACAUCUCYACCGAGCUAACAAGAUCUUGUUGAUGAAAGAAGGUCGUUUAAUGGCUCAGGGUUCGCAUAAACAGCUUAUCAGUGAGGGUUUGAUUGGAGAUGAUGUGGAAUAUGAUACAAAAUCAGAAAACUUGAAAGAAAAUGCAGAGGAUGAGGUAAACGUGAAGUGCAAGACAAUCCUAGAAAACUCUUGUAGCGAUAUUGAAGAGGAAGAUGAAGAUAGACAACUGGGAACAGUAACGUGGCAGGUUUAUUGGAAGUAUCUGAGGUCAGGACUACAUCCUGUGCUGUUAACGUGCUUUGCAUUGUUUUAUCUGGCAGUCCAAGCAAGCAUACUGGCUCCGCAGUUGUGGCUUUCCCGAAUUGUCAAACUACCAAAACAUCAACAGAAGGGCUUUGAAGCUCUUGGAAUGCUCGCUAUACUUGUUACUGUUGCUUUUGUCUUGUGUUAUUUAAGAGAGCUGUGGUUCUACAACAUCUUAGUCAAUGCUUCCAAGAACCUUCAUGACAAGAUGACKCUKRCAGYWUUGAAGGCUCCKGUCUUGUUCUUYGAUACAAACCCUCUAGGACGAAUAAUCAAUCGUUUCUCGAAAGACAUUGGUUACAUGGAUAAUUUGAUGCCUGGAAACCUUUUAUUUGCAACCGCGCUGUGCACAACUGCGGUCGGUGUCGUGGUGCUAUCGUUGAUCACUAACAUUUGGAUUAUUUUUGCUGUUGUUCCAUUGUGUUGUUUAUUAUUCUGCAUCUGCUAUUAUUACCUGAGAGUAAUUCGUGACUUGAAGAGAAUGGAAUCAAUACAGUGCAGCCCAAUCUACGCCCAUGCUGCUGAAACUAUCGCAGGGCUAGCAGUCGUUCGAACAUCACACAUGCAAGAGAACUUUCUGGAAAUAAUGUUCAGGCUUCAAGACGAAUACUCUAAAAUUCUUUAUGUGACCAUAGCAGCUAAACUGUGGUUUAAUAUCAACACCGACUUGUUGUUUGCAACACUUCUUACUGCGAUUGCUGGAAUCGUCUGGGCCACUAACAUGGACAAAGCUUUGGCUGCAAUGUUGCUUAGUCUAGCACUUGGCCUUGAGUCCUCGGUUGCAUAUGCGCUCAUGCAGAUUCCUGAGAUAGAAAACCAAAUGACGUCAGUUGAGAGAGUCUUGAGCUACACCAACUUACCUGAAGAACCAGGAUACAACAGGAACGCACAGCCACCUGAGGACUGGCCUACGAACGGGGCUCUGAGUUUACGCAAUGUCUCUUUAAUCUACUUUGAAGGCGGGCCUCGUGUUCUUAAAGAUAUCAGCCUCGAUGUGAAACCUGCUGACAAAGUAGGCAUUGCAGGACGAACAGGAGCGGGCAAGUCGUCCCUCGUGGCAUCGUUGUUUCGUAUGCCGGAUCCUGAAGGUGGGGUGUAUAUUGACGGCGUUGAUCUUGGCACCAUUCAAGUACAGGCUGCUCGACGUUCCAUGGCUGUCAUUACACAAGAUCCUGUUUUGUUUAUCGGAAGCCUCAGGCAAAACUUGGAUCCAUUUGACAGCCUGACAGAUUUGCAACUGUGGACCGCUCUCGAUGAGGUCCAACUAAAGCAAAAAGUGCAAAGUCUAGAUGGCCAGUUGGAAUACCCAAUAGGAGAAGGAGGGUCAGGUCUCAGCGCUGGAGAAAGACAACUCCUAUGUCUUGCUCGGGCGCUACUACAGAAGUGUCAAAUACUUGUACUGGAUGAGGCCACGGCUAAUAUUGACUAUCAAACAGACCAAAUGAUACAGCAAACCAUACGAAACAAGUUUACUAAGUGUACUGUGCUGACUAUUGCUCAUCGAAUCAACACCAUUGUAGAUUAUGACACGGUUGUCGUCCUUGAAGACGGUCAGGUCGUUGAACACAAUGAUCCCCGGGUACUGACAGUAAAGCAGAACAGUAUAUUUGCUAAGUUUCUAUCAAACAGUCUUGUUGCCGAUGAUAUGUGAACAUAAGAAGUGUAGCAACAAUGUUUUAUUACCGGUAGUGUAUAUUUCACUAUAAUUACUAUUUAUUGCUCAGGCCCGCAUUGUUUUCUUUUAUGCACUUACUAACCAUGUUACAGACCAUCAUCAUCCAUAAAGGACACUUCAUUAAUACUAAUAUUGCUUUCUACUCAAAUUAAUAUCUAUAAUGCUUUCAGCAAUGUCAGCACACACAUUAUUAAUUUUUCAAAAACGUAUGAAUGAUUAAUGAGCAUUUUAACCAAUUAGAGCGACCAACAUGUCACGUGAAUAGACCGUUAAAACCAAUGAAGGUCUCUUCAUUAGUAUUCAUCUUAUAAAGCAUACUAAUAAGACUUUAUAUAAAGUCUCAUCCUUAUCAAUAUUCUUUAUAUAUAAAGUCUUAUCGUCAUUAGUAAUCUUUAUGUAAAAAAAUACGACGACCUUAUCAUGGGGGAGCAUCCACGUUUAGAUGAAGACUUAGAGCCUCACCAUCUAGUGCCCCUGUCCUGAGUUGGGCAUGUUGUCUUCAACUUGUGGAAGCCCUUUUUGCACCCUACCCCAUGGCAGUGACGUACAAACUUCACUGCGCAUGACAAUGCAGUACAAACGACUAUCAAAAGUAUAAUAGUAAAGGCUCGCGAAGUAUCUCCCUCGUUUGUGUAUUAUACCUAAGUUUUUGAAGUCGCUCAAUAAACUCGCAGAACGUGGUUUAUCAGGUCUGAAACCACUCGGCUACGCCUUGUGAUUCUAAACCAAAUAAAACACUACUGCUCGUUUAUUAAACAGUACAUAAUAUUACGUUGAGUAGACAGCAAUAUUAUAAGUAAUGCUAAAAUAGCCGACCACAGCAUUAACAAUAAUAAUAAAAAUAACUUGUCGUAUGAUUUUGCGCUCAGCAAUAAUCCAUGAUAUAUUACAGAGAGAAAACAAUAGGCUGGGACAUUGAAUAGUUAGAAUAUAUAUAAAUUAGUAUAUAGUUAUUAAUCAAUCAUGUUUUAAAAGGUGUGUUUUGAGUGUUUUCUUAAAUAAAUCUA